AUGGGUGACCUCGUCGGCGACGGGGCCGCGCCGGCGGCGGCGGAGCCAGCACCGGCAGCGGCAGCUUGUAGAUGGACGAGGCAGAAGGACAAGUUACUGGAGACGCUGGUGGCGCGAUGCGCCAUGAACCGGCAGUGCGUGGGCGGCUGGGACGCCAUCGCCGCCGCCUUCGGGGACGACAGGACGGCGGCGCAGGUGGAGCAGCGGUACGGGGAGAUAGCCGCGGAGGUGAGACGCGUCAUGGAGGAGCCCUGGGAUGCGGAAGACCCUGCAAUUGCAGCAGCAGCCGCCGCCGUGCCGGCGGCGCCGGUGAAGCAUGCAGCGGCGGGGCCGGGGAGCGAUGGCGGCGGCGAGGAGGGGAAGGUGGUCGUGGAGAAGAAGUCAGGGAUAUGGAGUGAGGAAGAGCACCGGCAGUGCCUACGAGGGAUUGAAGAGAUCGGGCACGGUCGUUGGACACAGAUAUCGAUAGAGUAUGUUCCAUCAAGGACACCGAUACAAAUUGCCAGCCAUACCCAGAAGUAUUUUCUCCGGAUGGCCAAGCCCAAGGAGGAUCGCAAGAGGAAGAGCAUACACGACACCCCCUAUCAUCUUCAUCUGCCUAAUGCUGCUGAUGCUCACGCUCACCAACAACAACAAUAA